CAAACAGCAAUUUACUCUCCGACCACCAGGGAGCAGCAUUCCCAUGAAAAGUAAAGCAGAAGAAAAAACACGGAAGUGCAUGUUUACGGCAAAGUAAACAACCUUGUCAUCCAAGGAGUGAUUAAAAGCGGUUGUCUGCUGCCCCCAUGCCAUACCUUGGCAACGAGGACAUGGUGAAGGACCUGAGGAGAGCUCUGUCCAACCCUCACGUCCAGUCGGAUCAGCUGCGUUACAGGAACGCCAUCCUCAAAGUGAUUAAGCUGAUGUCGCAAGGCGUGGAUGUGUCCAACCUGUUCAGCGAGAUGGUCAAAGCGUGUGCCACAGUAGACGUGGUCCAGAAGAAGCUGGUCUACGUCUUCCUGUGCUCCUAUGCCGCGUUGAACCCAGAGCUGUCGCUGCUGGUCAUCAACACACUGAGGAAAGACUGCCAGGAUCCAAACCCCAUGGUGCGCAGCUUGGCCUUGAGGAACAUGACCAACCUGAGGUUACCCGGUCUGGUGGAGUAUGUGGAGCAGCCUUUGUCAGCAGGACUGAGGGACAGAGCUGCCUGCGUGCGACGGGUUGCUGUGCUCGGCUGGGCCAAACUGCACAAUCUCCAACCCAAUUCUGAGACAGAUGCCUCAGUGGUGAAUGAGCUGUAUGGCCUUCUGAGGGACCCGGAUCCCAUCGUGAUGGUGAACUGCCUUCGAGCUCUGGAGGAGAUCCUUAAGGAGGAAGGCGGGGUCACCAUCAACAAACCCAUCGCUCAUCACCUUCUCAACAGGCUGAAGGAAUGUGACGUGUGGGGUCAGAGUGAGGUGCUGAAGAUCCUCCAGCGCUACCAGCCUCAUUCCGAUGAUGAGCUCUUCGACAUCCUCUCCCUGCUGGACUCCUCUUUAGUCAGCCCGCACCCUCCCGUGAUGGCCGCCACACUGAGCCUCUUCCUCAGCCUAUCUUCUGCCUUGCCUGCCGUCAGCCUGGCGGCCUUGAAACGAGUACAGGGCCCACUACUGGCCGCCUGUGGGAGUGCGUCCAGAGAGAUGAGGUUCACUGCGCUCUGCCACAUCCAGUUGCUGCUGCGGUCUGUCCCUGGCCUGAUGGGGGCACACUACAAGCGUUUCUUCUGUGGCUAUGCUGAGCCAGCCUUUAUCAAGCAGAGGAAGAUGCAGGUGCUGGUCGAGCUGGUGAAUGAUGAGAAUGUAGCGAUGAUACUGGACGAGCUGAAGGAAUAUUGCACCGAUGUCAACACCGACACUGCCCAGGCCGCAAUAUCGGCUAUUGGUCGUAUUGGGAGGAGCUACAGUGACAGAUGUCUCAAAAUCCUCAUCGGCCUGCUUGGGCUCAAACAAGAGCACAUCACAUCCGCGGUGGUGCAGACGAUGCGAGAUCUGGUGUGGGUGUGUCCUCAGUGUAGUGAGACUGUGUGUUCUGCUUUGGAGGGGUGUGAGGAGACGCUACAGGACAGCCAGGGCAAGCAGGCCUUGCUGUGGUUCCUGGGAGCAUAUGGCGAUAGAGUCUCCAGCGCCCCCUACACGCUGGAGGUGUUCAUUGACACUGUGAGGUGUGAGACGUCACCAGGGGUCAAGAUGGAGCUGCUGACCGCCUCUGUAAGGUUGUUUUUGUGCCGCCCUGCUGAGACGCAGGACAUGCUUGGAAGACUGCUGCACUACUGUAUAGAUGAGGAGACUGACAUGUGCGUGCGCGAUCAGGCGCUUCUCUACUAUCGCCUUCUACGAUGCGGGGUUGACGAGACACGCAAGGUCCUCCAGGGUCGGAGGUCAGACCCGUCCCUUGGCGUUCUUAUUGGCCGUCCCGCAGAGCCGCCAAGCCAGUGGGCUCACGCUUUCAACACGCUGAUGCCUCUCUGGCAGAACGCCGCGGGGACAGAGUCCGUCAACAGCGACGACUUUGAUCACAUGACCUCUGACCUCGCAGACCCUCUGGACGCUGAAGUUGAAGGUGUUCCUGCAGACACACCUGCAGACAACUUGGCGACCAAGCCCCGCCUCUCCUCUGUUGGUCUUCCAGACGCACCUGCAGACAACUUGGCGACCAAGCCCCGCCUCUCCUCUGUUGGUCUUCCAGACGCACCUGCAGACAACUUGGCGACCAAGCCCCGCCUCUCCUCUGUUGGUCUUCCAGACGCACCUGCAGACACCUUGGCGACUAGCGCUGUUGUCCCUAUUAGUUUGUUCCCGACUCUCAGCCCUCAGGAGUUUGAACGUCUGUGGCUGCAAGGUGUGGAGCAUGCUGAGGAAAAGUUGGAUUUUGUGUGCCGGACGGAACACCUCCAGGGUCCAAACGUGACCCGCGUUUCGCCACAAAGCCUUCAGGCCGCCUUGCAGCUGCUCAACAUCCACACGCUGGCCUUCACGCCGCCACGCACGCUGCCAUGGCGGAUCUACGUGUACACGCACACGGCCGCCCCGCCCCGCACUACACUUGUCCUGGCGGAGCUGCUCUACCAGGAGGCGGGCGCACAUGCGGCCGCUGCAGACGGCGAGGACACCGACGAUGCGGCGGCACUGGCCGAUGGCGAGGAGGAAGCCACGUUUGGAGGAGGUGAGACGGCGAGGGAAAGGGCAGACGUGAAGGAAAUACAGGUGACUUUAAAGCAGCGGCCAAGAGACGACAACGCUCUGAAGGAUGUUCUCUCUGUGCUGACGACUGUACUUCACACGCUGUCCUGCCAGACUUCUUAAAUUCUUGUUUUAAUACCUUUGAAAAUAUACGCUAAAAAAAACCUCCAUGUUUGUACGCUGCAUCAAGGGAU